AUGAAGGUGAUCCCUAUUCUGGCCAAGACUCCCCUUCUGCGAGGCCAUGCCAGGCCGACUCUGUGGCACACAGAUCUGCACAUGGGCAACAUCUUUGUCUCCGACGACGACCCCACCAAAAUCGUCGGUGUCAUCGACUGGCAGUUCACCUCGAUCUCACCGGCAUUCACCCAGGUGCGGUGGCUGCACUUUCUCGAGCCGCUGGAAGACCACCAGACCGGGGCGAUCAAGCCGGAACCCCCGGCCGAUUUCGAGAUCAUGGACCCAGACGAACAGGCCUAUGCGCUCUCGCAACGGGACCAGGCCCUGCAGCAGGCGAAAUGCUACGAAGUUGCCCUCGCUCAGCGUGGCCGCAAAGCAUACUUUGCUCUCACAAAAGUCCCUGACACUCUGUCCAGAAAUUGGCACAGGAUCGAACUCAGCGGGAGCUGUCCCAUUACGUUAUCGAGCGAGGAGAUGACUGCCCACGAAACACAACUCGGUGAAUAUCGAGACUGGGUUCAACUGCGGAAAUACACCCAAGAGAUUCUAUGCUCGGAUGAAGAGGGCUGGGUGUCCCCAGAGUUGGACUUUGAGAAGGUACGGGCACAAGAGAGGGACCUCUUUGGGAUUUACCUCCGCAGACAGGCACCGGACACGUUAGAAAAAGAUGCGAAGGUGUUUUGGUUCUAUCCCUCCGUGUAG